AAUUCAUGAAAGUCAGGUACAUUUCUAUUAUUAGAUAUAUAUGCUAGUUACUAUUGAUGAAUGCAUGCUAAAAAAAUAUUUUCAAUAGGAACAAGAGAUUACCCUACUGCAGAAUCAUGAAACAAAUGAAAUAGAACAGGAAGGAAAUGGAAUUAGGAGAGAUGUAGAAAAUCUGAUUACAGCAGUAACAGAAGGGGUACAAGAUCUUUUGCAAGAAGAAGAUGUUGACAACUUCUUAGAAAAUGAACGAAUUUCUUCAAGCCACAACAAUUUCAGAGAUAGAUGAUCAAUAUAUCCCACGAGAAGGAAUGGAAUUCAGCUCAGCAAAUGAAGCUCAAAAAUACUUCAACAACUAUGCUUACUUAGCUGGUUUUGCAGCAAUUAUAGCUCAUCAUGCAUGCACUCAGAGCAAAAAGAGAAACAAUGAGGUCAUACGAAUCACUUACAAAUGCAACAGACGAGGAGUGCAAGAUACAUCAAAGGAGGGGGAUACACAAGAGGAAGAGAUAACAGCAGAAAGUGAGACUAAUGUGCUAGUAAAAACAAAUUGCAAAUGUUGCAUGGUAAUCUCUGAAAGAAAAGGUGUGUGGAGAAUUACAAAGCUUAUCCUUGACCACAAUCAUGCAUUAAGCCCAGGAGCAAAAAUUUUUAGAGCACAUAAGAACAUGACAGAACAGGAAAAGAAGAUGAUAAAAAUGCUAAACGAGUGCAAUAUACCCACAAAGACAAAGAGAAAAUCAAAGUUAUGGUCAAACUACUAUAUCGAACGUCAAGCCCAGGAAGCUUAUAACUUGAAAAUAUUCAAGAAGUUUCAGUGGCAGCUUAGACGUGCAACUAAAUUACAAGCAACUGAAAUUGAAAAGGACAAAAUGUAUGAGGUAUAUAUGGCUGAGGAUCAAUUAGUACAAGAGUUUAGAAGCAGAAGAUACAUAGUCAUUACAGAUUUACAAAAUGAGGACUUAUCUUGUAUUUGUGGAAAGUUCCAAAAAGAUGGCAUGCUAUGUUGUCACAUCCUGAAAGUCAUGAUGAAGAAUGAUAUAAGAAAAAUACCAGACAAGUAUAUCAUUGACAGAUGGAGAAAGAAGGAGAAAAAGAUGAUAUCAAAAAUAAAUAUUCGCUUACGGGUAGAAGCAACUGCACUUAGGUUCAACAACCUCUCACUUAUGGCAGCAGAAAUGAAUUCAGAAGGAUAAAAAACAGAGGAUAAAUACAAAUACCUCAGAAAAGAGAUUGAGAGACUAACAAAAGAACUGAAAGAGAUGGACAAAUACAAGAUGAAAAACAUAGAUCCAGUAUUCCCAAAUGUUGAAAUAGCUGCAGGUAAUGGAAACAUUACAGAACCUUCGAUACAACUCCAAGACCCAGAUAUGGCUGUGACAAAAGGAAGACCAUCAAAAUUAAAAUCAAACAAGAGAACAAUGCCAAAAGCUGAGGAAAUGAGGAAGAAACAAAAGCAAAAAUAUGCUUGCAAGAAAUGCGAUAGGCCAGGACACAACACAACAACAUGUACAGUUGAGUUCAAAAUGACAGGAACACAACAAGAUACAACAGAAGGUAAGUUAAGGAUGCAAUCAACAAAAAACAACUGCAAAAUACGCAAGAUAUAGUUGAAGAACUCAAAUGAUGUUGAAGUUACGGAGAAGCAAUUUUGUUCAGCAAAUGGACAAAUAAUAUUUUGAUUUUUUUAGUAGAGGAGCACAACUCAUGGUUAAGCUUGUUCAAAGGAUAUAAAAGCACAGAGAUAGUUGCUAUAUAUUUAUAUAUCUAAGUAUAUGUAAUCGUGACAGAGUGAGCCACUAGAACAAAGUACAUGAUGUUUUUUGGUU